AUGCUGGUUGAGCUCAAGGAUGGCGAAACUUUGAACGGUCAUUUGGUAUCAUGCGAUACUUGGAUGAAUUUAACGUUGAAGGAGGUGGUUCAAACGAGUCCGGAUGGCGAUAAAUUUACAAGGUUACCAGAAAUAUAUGUGAAAGGAAACAAUAUCAAAUAUCUACGAAUGCCAGAUGAAAUUAUCGAUUUAGUAAAGGAUCAACAACAAGGACAACAAAACAACUACAGAGGUCGCGGAGGUAACAGAGGCGACAGAGGUGGUGAUAGAGGUCGUGGUGGCAGAGGUGGAAGAGGAAGAGGAAGAGGAGGGAGAGGAGCUUGA